GUUCACUUUUGAGGAGGAAGCUCAAAGUAAAAACUCGAAUCCCGCUCGACAGUCUUGCCCACACAGAGGAAUCCCUUUACAUCAAGAUAAAGCUGCCAUCAACCAAGAGCCUUGGCGAUAUUUAUAUUGA